AUGCAGUCAGAGAUCUUCAGACAAACUUGGCAAUUCCCCAAUUUCAUUGACUCGGCCUUCAAUGGAUUUGAUGAUAAUCAAUCACAGCUCCAUUACUUUCCUACCAAAUUUCCAGAUGAUCCACUGCUUAUGGAUUUCCCAAUUGAGGAUUUCCUUAUGGACUUUGAUGGGUAUGGACCCAUUGACCCGAUUACAUCUCCACCUCUCAAUGGAGGGGAAGAGUCGGUCCAUGGUCAGUGGAGCCCACUCAGCUCGUCAUCUCUGAAAUCCGAUGAGUCCUCUGUCACUGAAGCUUCCCAGGCCAGCGGCACACUGAGCUUGCCAGCAGAGGACAUGGAGAUUGAUACCCAGCUGAGCCUCCAACACCUCGCCAAGGCCUUCGGGGAGGCCAUGGAGAACGGGCAGGCCGACCUCAUGGAGGCUGUCUCGAGGUGUGGGGUCGAGAAGGCAAACCCGCUCGGCGGGGCCUGCGACCGUCUCGUGUUCAACCUCUUCCGCCGUGCCGGGAGGAGGGAGGGCUGCGAUGAUUAUAUUAGGCAAGAGUGCCAGAGGAACUCGGAAGCGGCGUUUCAGGCUUUCUAUCAGGGGUUCCCGUUUAUGAGGUUCGCACACUUCGCCGCGAAUAGCGCGAUCCUGGGGUCAGCCCCAAGGGGCUUCGGAGUGGUGAUCAGGGUCGUGGACUUUGACCUCGGGGAGGGGGUCCAGUGGGCCCCCGUGAUCGAAGCCAUGGCUGCCCGGGGAGGCGUGUCCUUACUGAGGCUGACUUCCAUAAAGUGGGCUGAAGAUGAUCCCGAGGAGGCAAAAGAGGAUGACAGUCAUGACUGUCCCGGAAGAUCGGGGAGGAGGUUAAGGGACACGAGCAGGAGGCUGUCCGAGCACGCGAGGGAGUUCGGGGUGCAGCUCGAGGUGGAUGAGAUGAGGAUCGAUGAGCUCCUGAUUGAGGCUAAGGAGGGAAUGGCAAUGAAUGGGAGAAGAGAAUGGUUUGUAUUCAAUUGCAUGGUGGGGCUCAUGGGGAGGAAGAACAGGAACAGAAAAUUGGUGGGAAAAUUCCUAAGCGCUGCUGAGGAGGUCAUCACAGCCAACAACUGUGGGAUCGUAACUCUCGGUGAGGGAGACGCAUUUCAGAAGCUGAAGUCCUGCUCUGGGUUUGGCGAGUUCUUCGACGGGUGCCUGGGGCAUUACCAAACAGUUCUGGAGUGCAUGGAGACAGAGUUCCCUAGUCAGCUGCUGGAGGCAAGGCUGGCCAUGGAGGCUCUGUUUGUUUCACCAUCUAUCGACCCGACCUCUUGGGGAGAAACGUGGGACGAGGUAAGGGCAUGUUCGGGUGUAAUGGAUGGGAUCCAGGCUCGUCUCAGGGGGUUGAGAGUGAGCAGGGAGGGCUUGAUGGAGGCAAGAGAGCUUGUGGGAGGGAAGAGCUGGUAUGGAGUAGGGACUGGGGAGAGGGAGAACGAGAUGGUCUUGCAAUGGAGAGGGAAUCCAUUGGUUAGAUUCUCAGCUUGGGGAAGGUAA